AGAAAGUCGCGUGAGCGCAUGAUAGGAUUCAGAAACAUAACAUAUUUGUUGGUGAUGACAGAUCACAAUGGCUGUGUUCAAGCAGCAGCAGGUCGAGAAUUGCUAUGAGAUUGGAGAGGAACUUGGCAGUGGGCAGUUUGCAAUUGUAAAGCAGUGUCGUGAAAAGAGUUCAGGCCGGGAUUUUGCAGCCAAGUUCAUAAAGAAGCGUCAGAGUAUUGCUAGCCGGCGAGGUGUGCUCCGAGAAGAGAUUGAGCGAGAGGUCAACAUCCUACAGCAGAUACACCAUCCCAAUAUCGUCACGUUACAUGAUGUGUUUGAGAACAAGACAGACGUGGUGUUGAUUUUAGAGCUGGUGUCUGGAGGAGAGCUUUUUGACUUUUUGGCAGCGAAAGAGUCUCUAAGUGAGGAGGAAGCCACACAGUUUAUUAAACAGAUUCUAGAGGGCGUGCACUAUUUGCACACAAGGAAUAUUGCUCAUUUUGACCUGAAGCCUGAAAACAUCAUGCUUCUGGAUAAGAACGCCCUUCUCCCCCGAAUCAAACUCAUAGAUUUUGGCUUGGCCCACAAGAUUGCUGAAGGUGUUGAGUUUAAAAACAUCUUUGGAACACCAGAGUUUGUUGCUCCAGAGAUUGUGAAUUAUGAGCCACUGGGACUGGAAGCAGAUAUGUGGAGUGUUGGUGUUAUAACAUAUAUCCUGCUGAGUGGGGCAUCUCCUUUCCUAGGAGAAACGAAGCAAGACACUCUGGGAAACAUCUCAGCCAUGAACUAUGAGUUUGAUGAAGAAUUCUUUGGCCACACCAGUGAGCUUGCCAAGAAUUUUAUACGACAACUGCUGGAAAAGGACACCAAAAAGAGACUCACAAUUCAAGAUGCCUUGAACCACCCCUGGAUUAAGUCUAACGAGCAUAAAGAGGAACGCAGCAAAGCACCAGAGAGGAAGAGAGAGCGUAGGCAGCUGAAGACAAAGCGUCUCAAAGAGUACACCAUCAAGUCCCACUCCAGUAUGCCUCCUAACAACACCUACAUCAACUUUGAACGCUUCGCACAGGUGGAAGAGGACGUGUCGGCCAUGGAGGGCUCUUUCUGCCAGCUGGCGUCGGCCCACGACUCCCUCCAGGAAGACAUUGAUGCACUAGUGUCUGUCUACAAUGAGAAGGAGAUGUGGUACAAAGAAGAAAGCGAAAGCAUCAGACAUGAGUUGUCCCAGCUCCGUUACGAGUUUCGUAAAGUCGAGGCCCAGAGGAGGGGUGUUCACGAAGACAUGAGGAGUGUGGAUGCCAGCGUUAGCCGAGUGAGCGAGCGAUAUAAGGAGAGGCAGACUCGUUAUGAGGCCUUGCAAAAGGAGCUGUGUGCUGAGCUGCAGUGGGUACAGGAAGUGGUGGGUUCUUUCCAGGUCACCUUCCCAAACUGUAGCUUUAGCAGCGUGUUUAAUAUAGAUGUCAAUGAAGCACUGAAAGAGUUACUGAAUAGAUCCUGUGGAGGAGACCUGCUGACGGGAAACAAUCUGGACCAGCAGAGAUGACACAUUAAUAACCCCCCUCCCACUGAUCACACAGAAAUAUAUAUAAACACAGGCCAGAUAAAUGUGCUGAAGAGACUACACUGGGGAAUAUAGACCUGAAUAAAAGCAGGUAUGGUCAGUCAGAGAGAACUAUAUACAUGAAAAAUAUGUAACACAAACACAAUUGUUUAUGAGCUUAUUAUUUAUGGCUAACAGGUUAAAUUAGUUCAUGUUUAUAUAUAUAUAUAUAUAUAUAUAUAUAUAU